AUGUACGCGCAGUUGGAAGAGAGGACCACUGCUCCAGAAAGUACUGACCCACUAACGCGGAUAUCUGCGACUGAAGCUGCAACGAAAAUCAGAACGGGAAAAUUAUCAUCAUUCCAGCUUGUGAAAGUUUAUUUGAAGCGAAUUAAAGAAGUCAAUUUGUAUAUCAACGCCGCGUCUGAAACCUUUGAUAGUGAAGCGUUGGAAGAGGCGGCCAAUGUGGACAGAUAUUUGGCAGGGUUGGAUAAAAAGUCGGAGGAAUACAAAAGCGUAAGGAAAAUAUUUCCUAACUCAAAAGUUUGGUUUCUACAGUUGGAAGUGAAGAAGCCUUUGUUAGGAGUCCCGGUUUCCAUCAAACACUGUUUUGAUGUCAAAGGAAAAAGAAAUAUCGCAGGGUUGAGCCGUCGACGCAAUAUUCCAGUGGCUACUGAUGAUGCUGAGGCGGUGAAAAGGCAAGGGAUUAUAGACAUCUUAAGCAAUGUUUAUUUGAGCUUGUUAGAUAAGAUUUCUUCUCUUUUGCAGAAUCCGUGAAGCGGGUGGAAUCCCCUUCGUCUACACUAACCUUCCGGACGCCUGUUUAUGGGUGGAAACUUCUAAUCCGGUAUAUGGAAAGACCUCCUCUCCCUAUGACACCAGAACAACUUCUGGAGGUUCCUCUGGCGGCGAAGGGGCUCUGAUCUCGGCCGAAGGAUCAUUACUUGGGAUUGGCUCGGAUUUAGGUGGAUCCGUUCGAAUCCCCGCGUUGUUUAAUGGAAUUUAUGGCUUAAAACCCGUGAAUGACAUUCCACUCGAAGGGCAUUAUCCGGAUCCUAAAGACGACUCCAUGAGAUUACUUUUUGGGAUUGGGGCAAUGGCAAGAUAUGCCGAGGACAUGGCUUUGUUCUACAGUGUAAGAAGUGGCCAUAGCCGUGAUAUAUGAGGUGAGAUUUCAGAUUCUUUCGCAAUCCCCGAUCCCUCGCGAUUACUUGACUUUGAAACCCACUAGAGUCCUUCUAACGUUGCCUACUUUUGAUCGACUGACUCCACUGACUGAUGACGUUCGACGAGCUGCCUUGACUACGGCGAGAUUGAUCUCUGAACAUUACAGAAUUCCACUUGAGGAAUAUAAGCUAGCUCCAAUGGAAAAGAUGAUCGAAUGGUAUAUUAAUGAGGCCUCUCCGCCUGGAGAUGAGUCAAUGACCAAAUACGUUUAUCCGGUAAACCCCUGAUUUAUGCCAUUUAAAUAUUUUGGAACAGGACGCCACCACUUCCAAUCUGCUUCUUGAAAAAUUGCGGUCUUAUUUGGGCCUCAAUAAAGUGAAUCCCGGCUCCGCUGAGUUUAUCCACACUUUCGCUGAAGAGAAGACGCCAGCGAAAUACGAUCAACUUCAUCGCGAGCUUCAUGAUUAUCGACAAAUUCUCAACGAACUGCUCAGAGACAAUGUCAUUCUUGUCGCUCCAAGCCUGCCAAAGAGUCAUUACUUCCACAAUGAAUUGUUGAUCGCGAGAACUGACUGGUUCCAGACAGCCAUUUUCAAUGGAUUGGCGCUGCCUGUGGCCACAGUCCCAUUGGGUUUGGAUCGCGAUGGAUAUCCAGUUGGAGCGCAAAUUGCUAGUGCCAGGGGAAAUAAUUAUUUGCUGACUCGGAUGCAGGAAAUGUUGGAGAAAAAGACUGGAGGCUGGCGACCACCGAGGAGCUUAUUGUAG